GUGGAGGCUGGGCGGCUCCGACUCCCUGACGCCAGCGCGACCAGAUCAAUCCAGGCUCCGGGAGCGAGCGAGCGAGCGAGUGUGCGAGCGGGCGGGCGGGCGGGCGGGCGGGAGGAGGAAGGAGAGGCCGAGCCGCUGAGCCCGGGCCGAGGCGCGGGGAGGGACCCUGCGAGCGCAGCGCCCGGCCGGCCGGACCGGGGCCGCGGGGGACCCCGCUCGCCCGGUCAACUCGUGCGCCCGCGUGGACAGGCGCGCAGCCAACCCGAUACCUGGGUUAUGUGGAACAUGGAUGAUCUUGAACACAGAUCAAACGCAUCUGAGGAUACUGCUUCCCUUGUAGCUGUUUCUGCGGCUGUUUUCUCUCAUCACCCUCAUACCACCGGGCCUGCUGGAGGUGCUGACUUUGGGUUACUUUUGAAAACACUAAGAAUGGUGAUUUCUACUUUUCAGGACCUCAGCACGAAGAAGCUAAGGAGAAUCCUAUGUAAAUAAAGUGAAACCUCUUCUGCUCUCCUUUCACAUUUGGGGACGUCUUUCUUUCUCCAUCCACAAGGAGUGUACGUGGUGCCAUCAUGAACGUGACAAGUUUGUUUUCCUUCACAAGUCCAGCUGUGAAGAGACUGCUUGGGUGGAAACAGGGUGAUGAAGAAGAAAAAUGGGCAGAGAAAGCUGUUGACGCUUUGGUGAAAAAACUGAAGAAAAAGAAAGGUGCCAUGGAGGAACUGGAAAAGGCCUUGAGCUGUCCGGGGCAGCCCAGUAACUGUGUCACCAUUCCCCGCUCCCUGGACGGCAGGCUGCAAGUUUCCCACCGGAAGGGGCUGCCUCACGUCAUUUACUGCCGUGUGUGGCGCUGGCCCGACCUUCAGAGCCACCAUGAACUAAAACCACUGGAAUGCUGUGAGUUUCCUUUUGGUUCCAAGCAGAAGGAGGUGUGCAUCAAUCCCUACCACUAUAAGCGAGUAGAAAGCCCUGUUCUUCCUCCAGUACUGGUUCCAAGACACAGUGAAUAUAAUCCUCAGCACAGCCUCUUAGCUCAGUUCCGGAACUUAGGACAAAAUGAGCCUCACAUGCCACUCAACGCCACUUUCCCGGAUUCUUUCCAGCAACCCAGCAGCCAUCCGUUUCCUCAUUCUCCCAAUAGCAGUUACCCAAACUCUCCUGGGAGCAGCAGUAGCACCUACCCUCACUCUCCGACCAGCUCAGACCCAGGAAGCCCCUUUCAGAUGCCAGCCGAUACACCUCCACCUGCUUAUCUGCCUCCUGAAGAUCCCAUAACCCAGGAUGGCUCUCAGCCCAUGGACACAAAUAUAAUGGCGCCUUCACUGCCCUCAGAAGUCAACAGAGGAGAUGUUCAAGCAGUUGCUUACGAGGAACCAAAACACUGGUGCUCUAUUGUCUACUACGAGCUCAAUAAUCGUGUGGGCGAAGCUUUCCAUGCCUCCUCCACGAGUGUGCUGGUGGAUGGCUUCACCGAUCCUUCCAACAACAAGAACCGUUUCUGCCUUGGGCUGCUCUCCAACGUCAACCGGAAUUCCACUAUCGAAAACACUAGGCGACACAUCGGGAAAGGAGUUCAUCUUUAUUAUGUCGGAGGCGAGGUAUAUGCUGAAUGCCUCAGUGACAGUAGUAUCUUUGUGCAGAGUCGGAACUGCAACUACCACCAUGGAUUUCAUCCCACUACUGUUUGCAAGAUCCCUAGUGGGUGUAGUUUGAAAAUUUUUAACAACCAAGAAUUUGCUCAGUUACUGGCACAGUCUGUGAACCAUGGCUUCGAGACAGUCUAUGAGCUCACAAAAAUGUGUACUAUUCGCAUGAGCUUUGUGAAGGGUUGGGGAGCAGAAUACCACCGCCAGGAUGUUACUAGCACCCCCUGCUGGAUUGAGAUCCAUCUGCAUGGCCCCCUCCAGUGGCUGGAUAAAGUUCUUACCCAGAUGGGUUCACCUCAUAAUCCUAUUUCAUCUGUGUCUUAAAACGGCCUCGGGCUUCUGCCUCUUGAAAACUAUUGAGCCUUGCAUGUACUUGAAGGAUGGAUGAGUCAGACACCAUCUGAACUGACAAAGGAGCCUUGAUAAUACUUGACCUCUGUGACCAACUGUUGGAUUCAGAAAUUUAAAAACCUGGGUAACAUACUGUUGAUAUAAGAACCUGUUUAGUUUACAUUGUAACAUUCUAUUGUAAAAUCAACUAAAAUGCCUACUUUUAGCAGGACUUCGUGUAUAGUUAAAGGAGAGAUGGCCAAGCCAGGGACAAAUCAUCUAUUGGAAAAACGGUCCUAAGAGAUUCUGUUGUGUUUGGCACUUUAAGGUCAUCGUUUGGCAGAAGCUGAGCAUUAAUAGUCUUUCUGACGUGUGUUUUUAUCAGGUUUAGAGCCCAUGUGGAGUCUUCUCACAUGGGUUUUCAUAAUAUUUUAAAACUAUUUGUUUAGUAAUGGUUUUUGUUUGUUCGUUUUUUUAAGUAAAGGUUAAUCUUGGUGAUAUACAUAGUAAUCUUUCUAAAAUUGUAUGCUGACCAUAAUGCUGUCAGAAUAAUGUUAGGCAUAUGCUCUUUGCUAAAUAUAUAUGUACAGAAUAUUUGGAAGUUAAGAAUUGAUUAGACUAGUGGAUUUAGGAGUAUUGGAGGGGGCGGGGGGAGAGGGAAAUGACAAAUGUAGAAUAUACUGUAAAAAUUCAGUUUGUUGCUUUAAAGAAACAAACUGAUGUCUGAAUUUUGCUGUGUUUCAAUUUUUUAGAGAUUUUAUCCUACCUUUUUUUUUUUCAUCUUCUGUCCCAUCCUCUCCAAAAAACAGUUAUGCAGCUGGUUAAUUCAUAUAACUGUGAGAGCAAAUGAAUAAUUCCUACUAUUCUGAAAUUGACUGCCUGUAUGUUUCAGUACCAAUUGUAUGGAGUGCUUGAAUUUAAUAAGGAGUUUUUAUGGAGUUUACAAUACAGAAAUAGGCUUUAAUUUUCAAGUGAAUUGUUUGCCAAACCUAGUAACUCUGUUAAAUAUUUGGAGGAUUUAAGGAACAUCUCAGUUUAAAUCCAUUUCAAACUUUUUAAGUUUUUUUGUACUGUGUUUGGUUUUAUUUUUCUUCUGCUAAUCUUUUAUAUUCACUUACGCUCUCGUACAUUGAGUACUUUUAUUCCAAAACUAGUGGGUUUUCUCUACUGGAAAUUUUAAAUAAACCUGUCAUUAUUGCUUACUUUGAUUAAAAAUUUGUU